AGAGCCAGACAGAGCCAGCAUCUACCACUCUGUCAUCAUCAACACCUCCAAGGAGAUGAUGUGUUUCAGUGAUUUCCCCAUUCCUGCACACUUCCCCAACUACAUGCACAACUCCCUCAUCAUGGACUACUUUCGCAUGUAUGCGGACCACUUCAGGCUCACCAAGCACAUACGCUUCAAUACCAAAGUCUUGCAGGUGAAGCAGAGAUCAGACUUUUCUCACUCAGGCCAGUGGGAUGUUGAAACCGAGAACAAGGAUGGCAAAAAGGAGAAACACAUUUUUGAUGCUGUGAUGAUUUGUAUUGGGCAUCACUGCUACCCCCAACUGCCUCUCCAUGACUUCCCAGGUACAAGUCGAGGGCAACAUGAAGGCCAGGUC